GCUCUCUGUCCUGUAUUCGCAAUAUCGACGUGUUUCUUCAAGAUGUUGUGCUCAAUUUCUGGUGAGGCGCCACAGCAUCCCGUUGCUUCAUCGAAGUCAGGGAAUGUUUAUGAAAAGCGAUUGAUUGAGGCAUACAUUGCGGAGAACCACAAAGACCCCGUGACCGGAGAAGACCUCGAACUCUCAGACCUCCUAGACCUCAAAUCCUCCAGAAUAGUUACUCCUCGACCUCCUAGCCUUACAUCCAUCCCCUCCCUCCUCUCCACCUUUCAAAACGAAUGGGACGCACUGGCGCUCGAAACAUUCACAAUCCGACAGCAAUUACAUCAGACGCGACAAGAACUGGCAACUGCUUUGUAUCAGCAUGAUGCAGCAGUCAGGGUUAUUGCUCGCCUCACAAAAGAACGAGACGAGGCUCGAGAUGCGUUAUCCAAAGUCACUAUCAGCGCUGGCGGUGGGGAUGCCAUGCAAAUCGAUAGCCAGGGCCUCCCAGAAGAACUGGUAGCCAAGGUUGAUGCUACUCAAGAGAAGCUUUCCAAAAGUCGCCGAAAGCGCCCUAUACCUAAAGACUGGGCUACCUCGGAAACCAUUGAAAAGUUUGGUGUUUCGUCUGCUUCAGAGCCCCUUUAUCCUGGUUCCUCUUCUCUCGCUGUUGAUGAAGCUGGGCAACAAGUUAUCGUCGGCGGCUCUGAUGGGGUUGUUGGUAUCUAUUCGAUUCCCGAAAAUAAAGUCGAACAGUCAUUCAAGGCUGGGAGCGCUAUCACUGAUGCUGUGUGGUACGGAAGCCAACCCGUUGUAUCAACCUCUUCCGGAGCCGUCAAGGUUUUUGGAAAGGAUGAGGUCACUUUUACUUCCCACGCGGGCAGCGCGAAUGGAUUGGCGCUUCAUCCAAGUGGUGAUAUUCUAGCGUCCGUGGGUGUUGAUAAAAGCUUUGUGUUCUAUGAUCUAACCCGCGGGACGGCUGUCACGCAAGUUUACACAGACUCAGGUCUAACCACAGCUGCAUUCCAUCCUGAUGGGCACCUGUUUGCCGCAGGAGGCACAGAUGGACAAAUUAAGCUUUUCCACGUCAGAACUGGAGAGCACGCGGCAAACUUUGAAUUAGGUGGGCCCGUCCAAGAUAUUGCAUUUUCAGAGAAUGGGAUCUGGUUUGCAGCUGUCGCAAAGGAUUCUAAUAGUGUUGUCAUUUUCGACCUACGGAAGGAGGGUAAGGAUGCCGAAGCGAAGGUGUUGGAGAUUGGAGGCCAGGUCGACAGCAUCAGAUGGGACUACACAGGUCAAUUCCUGGCGGCUUCGGGACCACGGGGCCUCACUAUUUCGCAUUAUACCAAAUCUUCAAAAUCAUGGUCAGACGUCAUUAGCACCGCUGUCCCAUCGACGGCAGUGGAAUGGGGCCCGGAAGCCAAAAGUUUGAUCACAGUCAACCUUGAUGGGGUAAUUACAGUCCUUGCAUGAGAAGGCGGUCUAUGGAGUUCGGUUUGAUGGAGUAUGUAGCUUCUGGGAAAAGCAAUAUCCGGCAUGUACCAUAGGGGAUGCUGCGUCGUUUAAUGGUGGCC